AUGGCCAGUGGCUCGGAUCUCGGGAUUACCACAUCUGGACUGGUGCCCACUUGCCUUCUGUUCCGCAUCAUACCAGUCGUGACCAACGAUUCAACCCUUUGGCGACUGGCUCGGGACUUCCUGUUCCAAUACGGCCAGCCUCUUCCUCCCGCUGCGAAACCGGGCAGAAAGCGGCAAUCGUGCGAUCUAUGCUUCGCAGCCAAAGCGGCCUGUGACAACAAGACACCGUGUACUCGGUGCAGCUCGCUUGGCCGGGAGUGCACCUUUGCCGCGCAGCCAUCGCAGGCUUCAUCUGCGCGAUCUCGUUUGCCCAAGGUCCCAGCCUCGCUGUCAGUCACGGUGCCCCAAAAUGUAGUGAAGAGUGAAAGUCCAUUCUUCUUUCUAGGCCAUUUUACCAAUCCGUCCGUGAAGAAAGAUCGACUGGCGAUUGGUGAGACUGCGAAGAGCUCUGCUCCACGAAAUUUCGAGUCUAUUCAUUCCCACCUAGAAGAAGCGCUGGUACCGACUGAUCCAAUGUCAGGGCUCUUGGGAGAUGAUGGCCCAGAUGCUCUUUCAUUCCCACUGCUGAAUUCUAUCGAGGAGUCCUUGUUCUCACAGCUGCCGCCUGAAGAGCUCUUCCCUUCUAAACUAUCGAGCCAGCUAACGGAGUUGGUUGCCGAGUUGGUGGAAACGUCUAAGUCCAUGGAAAUAGGCGAUGCCGAGCACCAAAGGCCCCUUGAUAUCACGGAGCUAACAGCCCUGUUCGGGGUUUCCAAUAUAUCAGCUUUUAUUUCGGUGUUCUUCAGGACUCUUCAUUGGCAUCUGCCUAUCGUCCAUUUCCCAACUUUCGACCCGGGCAAUCUGUCUAACCCACUUCUACUCGCAAUAUUCUUGUCGGGGGCGACAUACGCCGCACCUUUUGACGGGGCCACCCUAUCUCCUUGGAUAUCUGAUGUGGCAGAGGAAUAUGUAUUUCGAAAGGUAUUGAAACUGUCUGCAGCCACGUCGCCGAAAGAAUUAGCGUGCCUUCUGCCGACUGUUCAACUAAUCCAAGGUGCCUUGAUUAUGGAGAUGCUCCAAUUCAGCCGCGAUGACAUACAAACCAGGAGGCGAAUACGCAUCAUGCGACACCCAUGCUUGGUAUCUACCGUCCGAUCUUUGGGUUUCUUCCAGGUGAAGCGAAGCUUGGUUUUUGAUUCAGUCGACGAACAUAGGUGGUUGAGCCUCGUUGCCGAAGAAGUCCGUAUUAGGUGUGUAUUUGCUUCCUCUUCUAAAGUUUUGAAGCUAAUGACAACCAGAAUCGCCUCUUGGGUCUUUCUGGCGGAUGGGUUCUUGACAGUUUGUUUCAAGAAUCAUCCUGCAUUGUCGAUUUUCGAGAUGGACUGCCCAUUGCCAUGGAGUCCUGAGCUAUGGGAGGCUGAAGAUUUUGCCACUUUCGCAAGCCUCACCUCGGAAGGGUCUAUGCGGAGUCUCCAACCUCCUUUGAAAGAUGUCGUCUCACAGCUACUGGAGAAGCCUGAGUCAGACCCCCCGAUUACAUGGAGUUCGUCAUUAUCUCCAGAAGACCUUUUGAUCCUGAUUUAUGGUAUUCCGAAAGUUCCAAACUGCCUCACAUAUCAGUAUUCUAACAGCACUUUCAGCUAUUAG